AGGAGAGGAGAGGAGGGAGGAGGUGCUCCUGGCUGCUGUGACUCCCCCUCGCACCCCCCCCACCCCAUUCCUCCCAGUCUACAGGCUUGUCAAGCAGAGAAAUAAACAGAAUCGGGCGCUGGAAAGAGAAGACGUUCCUCCCUCCCCUCCCCCUCACUAUCUGUCCAUCUUCAUCCAGCUCUUUCUUUCAUGGAGAGGAAUUAUCCCGCUUCAGGCUUCGGAGAUCUGGGGGCUGGGACGGGAUGGAGUUACGACAGAUCGGCCAAAGCAAGCCUGAUGUACGGGAGCAGGUCAUCCCACCCAGACUCAGAACUACUUCACCGGCAAGCUUAUGGCACUCCACACCCACUUCAAGGCUAUGCAGCCAACCACCAUCCAGGAAGCUCAAGACAGGGUGGAGGCUGGGGUGGACGUACACUAGGUCUGUCAGGGCUGUUUGACUCCAGUCUCCAUCAUGCCAGCCCCUCAGGUCCCGACCCCUCUGUCAUGAAUCUGAUUUCAGCUCUGGAGUCCCGGGCUCCACAGCCCACACCCUCUGCUUCCUCCCUCCUCUCUCAGUUUCGCACACCUUCUUGGCAGACUGCAAUGCACACACCGGCCCCAACGGACCUCUUUAUUUCAGGGGCACUUCCAGGUUCAAGCUCCUUUCCCUCCUCCUCAGCCCUUUCUGCAUACCAGCAUCCUAGCACUUUUUCUGGACGAUCAUUCACUCCUUCAUUAUCCCUGCAGGAUGCACCUGCAUUUAGCCCAACUUCUAAUGGUUUGAUAUCCCCACAUGAUCCCUUGCUACACAUUAAAGCACCCUCUCAGUCCAGCCUGGGCUUUGAUCGCUUGCUGUCUUCCCAGAGCACUGCUUUCCAGGGCUCUCAAGAAAGCCCAGCUCUGCAGACCCAAGCCCCUCCCACUUCCUCUGGUUGCCACCUACCCCCUCCCCAAUUUAACCUGUUGUCCUCUCAGCUUCAUAACCCAUCCUCUCAGCUAUAUAAUGCCUCCAUGUUCUCAUCCACACCAGCCCUGCCUCCUGCAGCUCCUUCUGAGUCUCAGCCGCUUCUAGAGAGAGCAGUUUCCCGCCAAGAUAGUGUGAUUAAGCAUUAUCAACGCUCAUCUUCAGCUCACUCCACAACCCUACAGCAGUAUGCCAACUGUAGUGGGUCAUCUGGCUACCAGCAGAUAGUCAGCCAUCAUGAGCAUGCUGGUGUGUCCUGCAGUCCUUUGGGAGAACAGAGCCCAUCUUCUGACCCCAAGACCUCACCACAGAUGGAAUCCCAGACAUAUCAACCUGUCAUCCAAACAGCCUAUACAUCAUCGUCCUCUAGAGCCUCAGCUUCCUCUUCGUCUACCAGUAAAGGUGUCAAGAGUUCCUGCUCCACAAGUGGCUACUCAUCUUCAUCAUUAGCAUCGUCUUCUUCCUGUACCCCACAUACUCCACCAUCAACCUCCUCCAACUCCUCUUCAUCCUCUUCUAAUCCAAAGACCAAUACCAACUCCUUGUCUGCUCCCUCUCUUCAGCAACCCCCACCUCAGUCAGCACUAGUACCACCUACUCUACCAGUGGUGUCAUUAUCCCUUGUUCAACAGCCAGCAACCAGUCAAUGUCUGUCCACCUAUGGCUCUCAAUCUGUGACCAAACCUAGCACAGGCCUACCAGACCAGACCCCUCCCCAGCAACAUCCUCAGUCCUAUUCUCCCAACCUGCCUUCAUCAACACACAUGGCCCUGCAUUAUGGGGGCUUCACCUCACCCCAUCCCCAGGACUUGAGUGCUGGAACAGGGGGCAGUGGGGGUAAAGCCUUCAUGGGUAUAGGCUCUGGAGGACGCUCCUUCUCUGCAGAGAUAGUCUUUGAGAACUCAAGUUUUGGCUCAACAUCUCUUAGAAGAGCAGAUAGUCCAUCCAUAGGGUAUGGGAGUGGAUCAGCUGGGAGUGGACCUGGGCUUCGCAGUGUAGUUGGAUCUGCAGGAUCAGGGAAUGGGGCUGCUUGUAAUAGAGGCAGCAGCUCAUAUCACCUAACUGAGUCUAGUACAUCACCCUCUGCCAAUUCUAGUAUCAGUCGUCCAGGAUUGCACUCUCCUGUAACAGCUCGACCUGUACAGUCCCCUGUAAGCUCAGGGGCGACAAAGUUCUUGUCCUCCGUCCUGUCUCCUGCUUUCAUGUCGUCACCACAAGGUUUUCCUGAUAACCGUCAAUCUCAGAGCCAGUCGUACCACUCAACACCGCCAAAGCCUAAAACAGAGGCCACAAGCAUACUUGGAGCUGAGCGAUCCCAAGAUGAAGAAGAUGAUGAAGAUUUCCUCAUCCACCACUUACUACAUUCACAAAGCUCAACUUCCCAUUCUUCCCAACAUCACCCACAUCCUCAGCAACUAUGCCAACAGAUCUCCCAAGCUAGGCACGGGGAAGGCAAGGGAGUAACAUAUGAUAUUGACAAGAUAUCAGAAGAGCGCUACCACCUUCAGAGUGUAAUUCGUAGCAAUAACACCACUACCAGCAAUUCUGGUGUUGGAAUGGCAAUUAGUGACACAGUAAGUGACUUAAACACACCAUUAGAAAUAUCACAGAAGAAACAGCAGAACAAGUCAGACUUGACCAAGUCCAAUGCUUCAGGGGUACGAGGGAUAUCUGAUGCUCUUUCUCAUUCCCAUGCUACCCACUCGCAUCAACAACAACAUGAGUCCAUGGGUUCUGUGGUCCAUUAUGGAAGGGGGGAUCCCUACACACAGCAUCCACAGUCCCAGCUUCCACAUCACACCUCACAUGUGCCCACACACUCUCAGCAACAUAGUCAGCACUCCCAAAUCUCCCGUCACUCACAACAUUCUCAGCACAGUCAUCCCAGUUCCCUCUCACAUAGCCACUCUCUUGUGGAGCUUAAGAAACCUUCAGAUGCAAAUGACAAUGCCUAUUUGUGCAAUGCACCAGAUGUACAGCAAGCUCGACAAAGCCAAGUCUCCAUCUCUUUGAUGGACACACCACCAGAUCCUCCCAAGCAAACUCACAUGUUACAGUCUGUCCUUUCUCAUACUACACACAACAAGCUGGAUUCCCAGCAAGCCCCCCCGCAGCAACAGCAGCAGCAACAGCAGCAUCCUUUGAGUCAGCAAGCUAUGAUGGGUUCAGUUAGAGGAGCAGGGUCUGCUGGGGUGGAAUCCCACCCACGGAACCAGUCCUCACAACUGCAACUUCAGCUUCAGACCCAGAGUCUAGAUACCCACUACAACCUUGGAACCCAUCCGAGAGAUCAGACACAAGCCAGUCAGAGUUCAGUAUCUCCACUACACAUGCUAGAUCAAUCACUUUCUCAGACUAAUGGCAGAGACAGCGGAAGAGGUCUAGACAGAACUGGAGCUGGAAUGACAGGAGGGGAAGGAGGUAGAGGAGACAGGCAUAGACAACAGCACAGACUUAAACCCCACCAUCAUCACCAACAAACAGCCUCAGAUCUCCACAACUUCCUUGCUGAACCAGAUUUGGACUUAUCUACUCCUUCACAGCUACGCCAUAUCAACCAGCCCCAGACCCACCCAAACCCCCAUGCUCUGCAACAUACUCAGCACACUCACCAUCCGCUGUCUGUUAAUGCUCAGUUAACUCAUCCACAUUCCCAGCAGAUGGCAGCAAAUAUAGCAACUCCUCAAGAACAACAGCAAUCCCAGAUUGGAGAUCCCGAAACGCAACUCUCACACUCACAGUUAGAGCAGCUCAAACGGCAUCAAUUUGAGGCAGAGAGCCAGGCAGAUAAAGUAGGACAGAAUCAAGCUCAACAGCAGCGGUUUGCACCUUUGACAUCAAUCUGCUUUCCAGACUCUCUAUUACAUGAUGAAGACCGCUCUUUCUUUCCUGAAAUGGAGGAUAUGUUUUGCUCAUCUGAAUACAAAUCAAGCUGUGCUGGAGAUUCUGGGGCAGGGCACAGUGCUCAAGAAAGCCUCAGCCAGGGUCAUGGACCAAUACAAGAGGGUAUGGAGGCUUUAAAAGGAGGUGCUGCAGAGAGCUAUAAUAUGGUUGGUCAUCACAACAAUCAAGGAUAUGGACAGUACUGCCAGAGCCUUCCAGGAACAGGAAAUGGCAAUCUGCGUUUAGACCUUGACUCUCUGAAGACCCACGAGCUUCCUUCCACUGUAAAUACUGACCAACUUGGCCUCAUCCAAUCCCAAACCUCCUCUAUGGGAUUGAAUACAGCAGUUCAAGGGGAUGGCUCAGUCAACAAAAUGAUGGGAACUGUGGGAAUGAGUGGAAGUUCCAACAGCAUUGGUCUUACCUCACCUAUUUUCUGUUCCUCUCGACCCAAAAAACUGCUGAAGACCAGCUCAUUUCACUUACUCAAACAGCGACGUGAACCACAACAUCAAACAAAGAAAAACUAUGCGCAAGAAUAUGAAUUCGGGGAUGAUGAAGAUAAAGCUGACGUUCCAGCAGAUAUUCGCCUCAACAGUCGGAGGCUUCCUGACCUACUGCCUGACUUGGUGUCUAGUUGUCGAAAAGCUGGUGGGGCUUCUGGGAUAAGUGGGCUAAGCCCCCUGAUAGGUGAUAUGGACUUCUGCCACCCCUCCAGCUAUUCUUCUCUUGAACACCCUCCACAAGUCCCCCCUCAUGAUGGUCCUAAGAAAAGGGGCAGGAAACCAACUAAACCAAAACGCGAAGGACCUCCUCGGCCAAGAGGUCGCCCACGUAUACGUCCUCUUCCAGAGCCUCCUUACUGCAGGGGGCUGAUGGGAUCUGUGGCUGGAGAAAAUAGGAGGGGGCGUGGGCGGGGUCGAGGGCGAGGCAGAAGGGAGGAAGGAAUGGUGCAAAUGCAUCGAGAUAUGAACAAAGCACAGAACCUGCCAUAUCAUCACCAGCAACAGCACCAACAGCAACAGUACAGCCAACAGCAGCAUCUCCAACAUCAUCCGCAACAUCACCACCAGCAGGCAGACCUCCACCAAGUACCCCACCAGCAGCAUCAACAGCAUCACCUGCAUCAGCAGCAGCAACAUGUUUCCUGUCCUCACCCUCAGCUGCAUCAACAACAACAGCAUCAAUCUCAGCAGCUGCAGCGAGAUCCAGUCAGACCUAUCAAGAUCAAACUGCCCCUUGCCACUAUGCCUCCACCAGAGUCCUUGCUGAGGACAGACUCACUGUCCAGCAGUGAGCCAAUUCUGUCUGAUGGAUCAGUGGGGUCAGCACCAUCUCUGGGCCUGAGUCCUGGACCCAACACCACCAUGGACAACAACAGAAAUGAGGUGAACCAGACACAAAACACGAUGACGAUGCAGCAGCAGAGAGCUGAAGAGAUGGCAGUGGACGGUUGGAAGAAAGAAACUGACACUUCACUGAAUCCUGAAGCCUGGACUGCUAUGCAGAAACUCUCCAAUUCAGCUGAUGAGAAGGCCUUUGACUUCAAACCAGGCUUCAUGGCCUCUUUUUUGGAUUUCCUGAAGACAGGUAAAAAACAGUCAGACUUUGAACCAGAACAUGAUGAAGAAAAGGGAGGGAUCAGAUCCUUAUCCCCAACAUCUCCUCCCCUACCACCAACUUCUCCCCAGCAGCCUCCAGGGCCAUUCAGCGAUGCCGGGCAGGGUGAAGGGUCAGAUCUGGCCCUCAGCAGCUGCUCAAGUCCCUGCAAACCUCUGGAUGAUGAACUGAAAAGAAACCUGGAGACUCUCCCCUCUUUCUCCUCUGAUGAGGAGGAUUCAGUUAGUAAAAACCAGGACUUGCAAAAGAGCAUCUCGUCUGCCAUCUCUGCCCUCUAUGACACUCCACACUCACUGGCUGCUGCAAUGGCUUCUGCAGUGGUCAAAGCACAACCCAUGCUUUCCCCACCCAUGCCACAGGAGCCGUCGCUCAGUCCACCUCUCCCCAUCAUGCCUCCCCUCAGCUCUAGUAUGGAGGGCAGAAAAGAGGAGGCACUUACACACACUCAGCAUAACACACAAGAUGAAGGAAACAUACAAGAGGAGAAAAAAGCGGUGAGCCCACUGUCCAACAGAGAAGAAACAGAGGAGCUAAGAUCUGAGCAUGGAGAAGAAGAAGUGGAGACCAGGAAGACGGGAGGAGAGGAGACUGCAAACACAGAAGAAAACCUGAGAGAUUCACAAAAUAUGCUGCAGGGAGCAGUGGAAGAGCAGCAGCAGCAGCAGCAGCAGCAGCAGCCCUGUUUUUCAGAGUUACCAUCAGGACCUGUGCCUGCUUCUGCACCUCCAUCACCAUCUAGCUCCUCCUCACCACCCACAUACUCCUCACCAUCGCCCCUCCCUCCCCUGUCUUUCUCUGUAACUUCCCCACUGCCUGUCCAGCAGGAUGAGGAAGAGGCCAGUCUAAAUGAUCAUCCUUCUGAUCAGCAACUGCAACAGUCCUCCUACCAGCAAGCUCCAACUGCAGCCUCCUCCCCACCCCCCUCCACCUCCCCUCCAGCCAUCCCAUCCUCACCCCUCUACAACCUUCCCUUGAGCCAAUCGAUCCCACCCCCAUCCACCACACCUCCCCCAUCAUCCUCUGAUCAGGACCAGGAACCUGAAGCUGGGCAGCCUUACCUCUCUUCCCCUUCACCUUCCUCACCCUCUUCAUCAUCCUCCCAGCCACCAUCACCGCCAACCCCAGAGGAAACUCCAGCAUCCCAGCGUCUCACCUCCCUCCACCUGGCAAAGAAACAGGCUGAUGCUGCCAUUGCUGGGGAGAGUGAAGAGGAGGACAGUGAGAGCGGAGGUGAGGGCAUCUUUCGUGAGCGGGACGAGUUUGUGGUUCGAACUGAGGACAUUGGGACUCUUAAGAUGGCCUUGCAGACAGGCCGGGAGCCUCCGCCUAUCUGGAGGGUACAAAAAGCCUUACUCCAGAAAUUCAGCCCAGAGAUCAAAGAUGGUCAAAGGCAGUUCUGUGCAACCAGUAAUUAUUUGGGUUACUUUGGUGAUGCCAAAAUGCACUACCAGCGUUUAUACGUCAAGUUCUUGGAGAAUGUCAACAAAAAAGAUUAUGUCAGAGUGUGUUCCCGAAAGCCAUGGCACAGAGCCGGUCUGACUCUGAGGCGCCAGGCCCUACCUAAACAGCUGCUGACCAUUCACAGUCAGAGCCAAGCUCGAACAGAGAGAGAUGACAGAGACAAGGAGAGACAGAAAGAAAGAGAAAAGGAACGAAGAGAGAGAGAAACCAGGAAAAAAGUCGAAAAGGAACACAAAGAAAGAGAAAGGAAAGAGGAGAGAGAACAAAAAGAGAAGGAAAAAGAAGAGAGGCUCAAGAAAGAAAACGAAAAGGUGGAGAAAGAAAAAGAGGGCAGGGAACAGAAUGAGAGGGAGUGUAGAGAAAAGACACUGGAAUGGAAGAAGGAAAGUGAGAGUGAAAGAAGGGAGAAGGAGAAAAAAGAGUGGGACAAAAGAGAAAGGGAACUUAAGGAGAAGGAGAGAAAUAAAAGGCAGCAAAGUGAGGAGGAAAGGGAGCAGAGAGUAAGAGAGACACAAGAAAGAGAAUGGAAAGAAAGGGAAAGACCAGGGAGAGAGCAAAAAGGGAGGGACAGACAGGAAAGGGAAUGGGAAGUGAGGCAGGGAGACCAGAAAGACAGAGAGCAGAGGGAGAGGGAGAAAGGGAGUGAGCAAAGAGAAAAGGAGAGAAGAGAGGAAGAGAAGCAAAGAGACCAGGAUACAAAGGAGAGGGUGGAGCAAGUAAGCGGAGAUAAUACAAUGGAGUUUGCACAAGAGAAAAAAAGAGGAGACAAGAAGAUGGAGUGCCAGGGAAGAGCCAAGACUUCACAGGACAAGGCUGAGCCUCCACCCAAGAAGAGGAAGAAGUGGCUGAAGGAGGUGCUGUCCUCCUCAUCUGAUUCUGAAUCCUCCCUACCCAGUGAUGAUGAAGGGCCUGUGCGGGGUGGAGUCAACAGUCGAGCCAUGAGGGACAUGUUCAGGAGCUAUGUUGAGAUGCUGGUCAGCACAGCGCUUGACCCUGAUAUGAUUCAAGCCCUGGAGGACACUGAUGAUGAAUUAUACCUCCCACCCAUGAGGAAAAUUGACAGCCUGCUGAGUGAACGGAAGAAAAAGUUGUUGAGGAGAGUCAACAUGAGUGCUCAGCACCAGGAGGCUCUACAUAUAUUCCCCAAAAUGACUGCAGACCCUCUGGAAUCUGGAGUUGUCAAAGUUCACCUUGGGGGAGAGGGCUACAACCGUAAGACUCUCAACCAGGUCAAGAGGGGUAUUCCUAAGCAGCAGGAUAUGAAACUUUCGAUUGAAAUUUGCCGGAUAUACAGUCUGUAUCAUUCUCUUCACCACUAUAAGUAUCACACCUUCCUGCAUUGCAAGAAGGAGACGGACAAUAUUGAGCAGGCAGCAGAGGACCCCGGCCAGGAGGAGGUGGUGCAGCAGUGCAUGGCGAACCAAGGCUGGCUGGAGAGUCUCUUCGAUUCUUUCAUGGAGCUGCUCACCGUCAGUGCAAAGGCCUGAAGGGAGCUCACCGUCCCUGCCACCAGAAACAAAUGUGCUCCUGCAGCUUUCAGCAGGCGGAGGCCUCCAGAGUUUGUGAAACAAAGCAAUCACUCGAUCAGAAACUGUGUGGAUGGAAGAAGUGCAAUGGUUCCAGUGAGAAUGGCCACUGGGCUUUUUUAAUGGGAACUUUAACAUUUGAAGUAUUUUCUUUGCUGAGUCCAUCUAAAGUACCUCUUGAUUUCAAGAAUUGUACUGAAAUGUGAAGGUAGUGAACUAGGAGAACACAAUGGAUUUUCCCCCAAAGUCAAAGAAAGAUCAUCUGAUCAGCACUAAAAAAAAGAGACUUUUGUCAAGAUGUAGAUGACAUGGAUACACAUACACAAGCUGUCUAGUAUGUGUUUAAUAAUGUGGUUUGUAUAAUUUAUAUAAAGAUGUUUUUAAAAAGUACUCUCCUAAGAUGGAAUUGUUUGCAGUUAAUAUUUUUGAAAAAUGUUUUAUAGGGGUAAAACCUAAAAUGUCCCAUUUAUUGCUUCUGCAGAGCUAAAACUAAACAUGGGUGAGAUUUCUUUUAAAAAGCAGCUGAGCAGGAGGAUAAUAUAUUUAAGGUGAACCAUGAUGUUUCUGUUUGUUCUUCAGGAGACGGUGAAAGAGUGGGAAUCGUUCCCUUAAUGAAGGAGAACAAAAAAAUCAAUAAGUGCUGCUUUCUUAAAGGAAGUGUGAGUUGAAAUGACCUAAAAUCAUUAAUGUCAGUGUUUAAUGUCACAUGUCAUUUUUUUAUGUUUGCUGUUGAUUGAUAUUUGCUAUAAUUUGAACUCUGAGGAUAUUCUUGCAGAGCAGUUUUGUUGUAAAUAUUGUACAGUUACUUCAUUCUCUCGUUCCCAGUCGCUCUUCAGUACAUAAAAUUGCUGUAUUAAAACUCUUAAAAUGACAAAUGUGCCAAUGAAUAAACAGCCUUGUGCUGAACUCUUUUCAA